AUGUCAGGUACCACUGGACUUGCCACUGAAAUAAUGCCAGAUCUCGCUAUAGGAAGAUCUCCAGAAAUCAUAGGGGUGGACAUCGCUUGCAUCUCGUCAGCAAGUACUCCAGCAAUCACUCCAAAGAUCAUUCAAAGGAUCAACGACAGAGUCUCUCCAGAGAUGAUUUCAGAGGAAACUCUGUUAGUCACCCCCAAAGCCUCCCCAGAGAUCAUUACAGAGGAUUCUACAGUGGUUACCUCAAAGGUCAUCCAAGAGACCUCAGAGAUUUCUAUAGACUCUACCCUGGAAGCCCCUGUGGAGAUCACAUCCAAAAUCACUUUAGGUGAUUCCGCUGAAGUCCCACCAAAGGCCACCAUUGCUGUUACCCCAGCAGUCACGACUGAAGUUACUCCAAAGGCUGCUGUCUUAGUCAUCCCAGAAAUCACUGUUGAGGUCACACCAGAGGUCUCUGAUGAAGUUAAAUCUGCUGUAAUCACUGAAGUUACACGAGAAAUUACCAUCACUCCAGAAGUUCCCUUGGAGUUCGCAGCAGGUGCCACUGUAAAUCCAAGUAUGGUUACUUCAGGACUGACAAUUUCAGCAGCCAAUGAAAACAAUUUUAUAGAAGACGAAGAAAUGAUCAGAAAUGAGAUUGAUGUGGACACGUUCAACAGACCAUUACAGCCCCAUGGGGAGCAGCUGGUUGAGCUCAGCAUUCAGCUCAAGGGAGUGCCAUACAAUGACGCCCUGAAGGACCCCUCCAGUUUGUUGUACCAGAGACUAACCCAGCAAUUUACUGAGAAGAUUGAGGACGCGUUUGAACGGCUGCCAGGUUUCAGGAACGUCAUUGUGCUUGAAUUCAGACAGCAGAGGGAUUCUAAAGGGAGAAGUGUGGUCAUAGUCCACUAUGCCAUCACUCUGGAUGUUGGUUCUGGGAGCAUCAGCAAUGACACCAUAGACUACAUCAACCUGCAGUCCAAUAUGGUGGAAAAUUUGUACCCUGAACCAGUGGAGCAGCCCAUAAUCAUCUACACCAUAAUGGACCUCCGCAACUACAUCACUGAAGCUCUUCAUAAGGAGAAUCUCAUUGGCAACACCUCGCUGGACGUGGACCCAGAUUCGCUGCAGCUGGAGAACGUUGAAACAUUGCUCUCUGGAGCCAGUAGGCCCACCAGUGGACCAGUGUAUCCUAAUAACUUGCUGGACAUUAUACUUGCAGCAGAGAGACCGCCAGAUGUGCCAGGACAGGAACUGAACAGCAACGAUGUAUUUGUCAGUGGUUUCAACAAGAAUGACUUCCUGCUUGAUGCUGGCAACCUGCAUGAUGUAAGGGUGGGGUCCCAGGAUGUGGAGACGGACCCAAAUGAUGUUAUUGUCCUGGAGGACAGCCCCACUCUGCCUCCACUAGAUGUUUUUGAUAAUCAGUUUGACAUGAACCUUGAAUCUGUUGCAAAACCAGAUAUCACUCCUGCUCCAGGUUUUGACGGUGAGAGGAUUCAUGAAGUUACAGCUGACAUGGGGUCUGGAUCAGAUACUUCUAGAAGUGAGAAAGACAGUGAUGUGUGGUCAUGGCUGUCUAUGGCCACCUCUGUGAAACCUGGAGACUCAAGAGACCCUGAUCUGAAAGACAGUUAUUUACUGGAUGUGAAGCAAAUCUCCACUCAAGCUCCAGAAAUCUUGAACAGCAAGACCCCCUUUUUAGAAGAACAUUUUGAUUCCACAUUUAAAACAGUGGUUGUUAUUGAAGAGGAAGACUCUAAAAAGGAGUUCACAUUAGAACAACCAUUUCUGGAUGGAGCCCUGGAGACCCCUGAUCUUCGCACUCACCCUCCCUCCACAACCACUGAUCAAGCCCCAGUUUUCUGGACUAUGGAAACACUGACAGUAGAGCUCUCAAUGCAGACAAUAGAAGCAUCUGGCAUGUAUGAAGACUUCUACACAGGUGAGCCAACCAUAAAGAAUAUGUCAGCCACUGAUUACCCUCUUUUAAGUGAUGUCAUUACAACCAAAGACUAUGCCUUGGAAACAUUACCAAACGCUGAUGGAAGUAUUUCCAACACAUCGGCUGCAGAGGACUUGGUAACAAAGGAUUCAGCCAGUGAGGCUUCAGUAGAGGUUCUGGAUGGGGAAGAAGUCCUCAUGGUGAAAACAGAAAGUGAUCCAAUCACAAAUGGCCUAAUUACUGUCUCAUCCACGGCGCUCUCCCCAGAAAAAGAGUCUCCUUUCACACGAAUCUAUGAUGUUGUGCCUGACGAUUAUCCCUUUGAGAAAUCAACCCAUUUGCUUCCAUUUACGGUUCCACAUUUACCUGAUGAUGAAACUGAGGUUGCCACACUGCCUAUUCGGUCACAGGAUGAUGCAACUUUACUGAAGAUCAAAACCCAUGGACAAGACUUACCCAAUAUCACAGAUUCAGACCUUUCAUUUCAUAUGAUUGACUAUGGGGGAAGUAAUGUAGAAGAAGAUGGCAGAGAGUACCCAUCUGGUGCUGCUCAUGGAACUGACACAGAAAGUGCUGUCACUCAGACCAACCCUGGACAGGCACUGAUGGUAUUCUUCAGCCUCAGGGUUACUAACAUGAUGUUCACUGAGGAUCUUUUCAACAAGAGCUCGCCAGAAUUCAAAGCUCUAGAGCAGAGAUUUCUGGAACUGCUUGUACCUUACCUGCAGUCCAAUCUUACCAACUUCCAGAACCUUGAGAUUCUCAACUUCAGGAAUGGUAGCAUAGUGGUAAAUAGUAGAAUGAAGUUUGACAAACCAGUGCCCCAAGGUGUCAGCUAUGCAGUCUACCUGAUUCUGGAAGACUUUUGUAACACAGCUUACCAGACUAUGAACCUCGCCAUUGACAAGUACUCGCUAGAUGUGGAGUCAGGUGAUCAAGCGGAUCCCUGUAAGUUCCAGGCCUGCAAUGAUUUUUCGAACUGCAUGGUGAACCGCUGGUCGGGUGAGGCUGAGUGUGUCUGCGAUACGGGAUACUUCAGUGUGGAUGGCCUGCCGUGCCAGAGCAUCUGUGACCUUCAGCAAGACUUCUGCCUGAAUGAUGGAAAGUGUGAUGUUAUUCCCGGACAGGGUGCCAUCUGCAGAUGCCGGGUUGGGGAGAACUGGUGGUACCGGGGUGAGCACUGUGAGGAGUAUAUGUCGGAGCCAGUGGUGGUGGGGGUCGCCAUUGCCUCUGUUGCUGGCUUACUGCUCGUCGCCUUGGCCGUAAUCCUCUUCCUGUCCAGGGUGAUGCGUGACCAACGUGACAAGGAUGAGAUGGAGGACCCCCUUCGCCGACGGGAGAGCUUGCCAUCCUUGGAGCAGGCCACCAAAUACAACCCCAUGUUUGAGAGCGACAUCACAGUGGGUUACAGUCACUACUGCCACCGGUAUCCGGAGCCGGUGUGUAGCACUGGGAGCGCUGAAGCCUCCACGGACUUCAGUACCGAGGAAAUCAGGCACAUCUAUGAGAACAGUGAACUCACCAAAGAGGAAAUUCAGGAUCGGCUUCGGAUACUUGAGCUGUAUGCCAAGAACCGCCAGUUUGCAGACUUUGUGAGGCAGCACCAAGUGGCUUUGGAUGUACAAAGAGAGAGCUCCUCCGCACAGAUCUGAUGGAAAUAGCCAAUGGCUCUACUGA